AUGUACGGCGGCGGUUUUGAGGGGAAGCACAUGCUCCCCAGUCAGCAGGGGUACCGGACCAGGGAUAUCCUCUUCCUGCUGGGUACCCUUGGCAUCGCGGGUACCAUCGCAACGGUGGUAACUGCCACUACAGUUAUCGGCGGAGGCGGCUUUCUCCUCCUCAUAUCGCCGCUCCUGCUUCUCUUCUCCCCGAUCCUCGUCCCGCUCGCCAUCUUCGGCACCGUCGUUGGAGGCGGAGCACUCUUUAUGACGACGAUGACGGCCAUGGGCGUGGGGUCGCUCGUGUGGUUCAUCAACUACAUGCGCGGGAAGAAGCCCAUUGGAGCGGAGUCCCUAGAUUACGUGGCAGGCGGCGUGAAGGGCGCAACUGAGUACGUGGGUGACAAAGUGAGCCACGUCACGCACUCUGCUUAUGAGGGCACGGCUAGGGUUCUUGGGACUGGAGGAGGGCCCGGCUGGCAGGAGCAGCAGUACAAGACUUCCUCUGCUGCCGCCUAA